AGGUGCCUUGAACACGUGUCAGUGAAUAGUCCGUCAAUAAAUAAUUAUCAAUUGUUAUUCGUUUUCGUUAAGUAAUUAUGAGGGCUGAAGCGUACGUGGAAAUUGUUGAACAACCGGCUAGCAAAGCAUUUCGGUUUCGAUACGAGAGUGAGAGACGACCCCAUGGAAGUAUUCCUGGGAUCAACAGCACACCCACACACAAAACAUAUCCAACGAUUAGGAUCGUCGGACCCUGGUUAAAUGGCCGAGUGAUAGUCUCCUGUGUGACGAAAGACGAGUACAGAGCACAUCCUAAUCGUGUUGUGAGCAAAGAGGCCGGUUCCUACCACGGAAUAUUUACAACAGCCCUAGAUCCAAAUUGCAACGAGAUUGCGUUCAAACAUUUGGGAAUUCAAUGCGUGAAGAGAAAGGACAUUAGAAAAUCCCUAGAAGAGAGGAAGCAGACGGGUGUGGAUCCAUUUGGAAAGGGAUACGAUGACACUCGGAUAACAGCUGAUGACUUGAACACAGUGCGACUUUGUUUUCAAGUGUACCUCAGACCCCCGGGGGCAAAUUCAAGACAAGGGGAGAUAAAACUUAAACCUGUUGUCUCUGAUCCUAUUCACGCGAAACAAUCAACUCUAGAUUUGGGAAUAUGUCAAUUAAGUUCAGCUGUGGCUUCAGUUGCUGGAGGUACACCGUUGAUGAUAUUCUGUCAGAAAAUUAUGAAAGAUGAUAUUAAAGUUAGAUUUUUUGAGGAACGGAAGGGACGAGUCGUUUGGGAGACGUUUGGAAAUUUUCAUCCAUCUAGGGAUGUCUUUGAACAGUCGGCGAUAAUUCUCCAGACCCCUCCCUAUUACACCCAAAAUGUCGACAAUCCAGUGAAUAUUUUCGUUCAACUUGUGAAACCAACAACUAAUGACGCUGGAAAGCCCGUGUCUCUACAACUUUUGCCCUCGUCUUCAAUGAGGAAUACACCAACGGAUGCGGACAUUGAGGUAUCCCUCAAACGAAAAAGAAAAAAUUUCAAGAGCAUUGACCUGCUGGAGCACCCGAACAGGGCUCCAUGUGGCUGCAUCCUGGCCCCGAUAAUCAACCCUGAGUGUCCAAUCCACAAUCCUCAGGGGAAGAGCUUCAACCAAGAAGUCAACCCAAUACACCACAAAUCAGGAUUUGAAGGCACAUGGAAUGUUCCUCAAAUGAGACAAAAAUUAUUUUACUACAACGAGAGCAUCAGUAUUGAUGGAGCAGUUUUGAAGAAACCAAAGUACUCCACUGAUGCUCGUUCACCACCAGUUUUCAAUGCAGGGCAGAAUGCUAAUUCAAAUAUUCUGGAAAUGCCUCUGAGAGAAUUUAACAACCCGACGCCGUGUGAAUACCGAAAUCGACCUACGGUGGGACCUAGUUAUCAGCCAUUACCCUCACCACAUCCUUCACAAUGCAUGUACCAAAGCCCUUUCCCCAGGAAUACCACCCCCAUCGCACCAGAUGUGCCCGCAGUGCCCUUCAACAAUCAGCGAGAUUGGCAGGUGCAACCUGAACCGAUAUUGCAACCUAUAAUCGUGAAAUUGAGUGACCAGCAAACACAACCAUUCAAUUACGACUACAACUCAAGAGCUCAGACUGAUAUGAAUCAAAAUUUAUUGGACUUUGAUAUUGGCGACAGAUUGAAUCAACUCUCUGAUUCUCUGACAAGUGCCCUGAAACUCAGCGAGGAAAUUGAUUUUGAGGAGCUCAGCAGAUACGAGAGAAAUGAUAAUAAUGGAAUUGGCUUAAUUGGCCACGAAACGUACGAGGAAAAUGAUUAUGCGGUUCAAGGAAUUUUGAAAGCCUCUCAGAGCCAAAAACCACCGGACGAAUGGAUAUGGGAUUCGAGAAUAAAUUGACUCCGAAGUGAACUGAUUAAAUAUAAUAAAUGUUCUUUUUAUUUUGUUGAAUGAAAUAUUCCUCGUACUGAUUGAUAUCAAGAGAAAAUUUCAAGAGAAAAAAAAUCAACAAAAAGUCGAAAAUGGAUAUAUCAGGUGGUAAUGCCUCUUUACGACAGAAUUAAUCUCGAUUUUAUCUGAAACUCUUUUUUUUUUCUUGACCACUAGAACGAUGUGAUAUCCUUUUGUCAUGAGUUACUUUUGUAUUUAUUGCUAUUUUUCCUUUUUUGUUCAUUUUUCACUUGUAAUAUACAAUUAACGUGAGUCAAAGUAUCAAAAGAAAAUGUUUUCAUGUUUUUCUCAUUCACUUUUGUUACAUAUUACACAUUACCCUGUUUUGAAGCCUGUGAUAAAUGGAAGUGACGCGUGAUAAGACUAAAAUGAACUAGUAGAAUAAAAAUAAACGAUAAAACGAUAUUUGAAUUCUUUUAUUGUUUGUCAAAAUGUAUUUACUUAAAAAUACAAAGUUUCUCGUCAAUUCUGAUGGAAUGGGCAGAAAUAUUCAUUCUUCUUUUCUUUUAUUUUUUAUAUCGAGAUAAAGUGAUUAUUAAUCCUGUACAAAAAGUCAUUGAACAAGACAUUUUUCUUUAUGAACACACAAACCCAAACUCUUAGCCUAAUGUAAUUCUUUUAUUUUCUAUCUUCAAUUAAGUUUUUCACUAAAAUGAAUCAGUGUUGGAAGUGGGUGUUCUCUAAAACAAUCUGCAGCUUCCCUCUUUUAUUUCUAUAUAACAUAAGAAAUAUUUUUUUUUCUCAACGGUAUUUUUUUUAAUUAGGAGUAUAAUUCCCGACUCUGAGGCUCUGGGGUGAGCGAAAUGCUCAUCCAUUUCUAGAAUCGCGAGGAAAAAAUAAUUUCUUCACAGGUGACCGAGAAAACUCAUGAUCAAUACUGUGAUAUUUCUAAUAUAUCCCCAUUUCGCCCCAGUCACAGCAGCUUUUGCACUCAACAAGAGAAAAAAAAAAUAAAAAUAAAAAGAAAAUGAUAAAAAAAUAAUGAAACAAUGAGCAUGGAAGUAAUCACAAAGAAACUCCAUUAUUCUAAUUAGAGUUGUGAGUGGGGAGAAAAAAAAUUAUCGUUAUUCGUAAAUGACCAUUUGUUCAGCAUAUUGUCUUAUAGUUUGAACAUUCGAAUUUUAUUGAAAAUGUACAAUCGAAAGAGAAUGAAUUUUUCGUAUUCCCGAGGUAAAGACGCUUUGUGUUGGCAAAACAUCGUGCACUGUAUUUCAGUAGGGUCUCCCUACUAAUUACCCAGAGUUUAAUUCCUUCUCAUUAACUAGAAUUCAAUUUUUCAUGAUUAAUUUCAAUUUGUUCUUUAAUCUGUCGCAAAUUUAAGUUCACAUCGUUACUUCGUUAAUAAUAAAUUGAUUUCUUAUUUGAUAACUUUAUACAUGCUAUGUAUAAUUAUUAUGCAAUGGUUAAAGUCACACAUGUAGUCAUACACACCUGGUGAACAUUGCAAAUCGCAACGAGAUGUUAUUAAAUAAUGCAAGGCAGGAUAGGAAAUAAAAUUGAUCAAUCUGUCACUGAAGUUUUCGAUUAUUGAAAAAAAAAACGAAUAAUUGUCUUUGCAUAAUUCAUCUAUACAUCGAACAAUUGAGCGGUGCUGUGCCUCGGGAUCCAUGAUUAUUCACUUUUGUAUUACGUAUUAACGCACCACUAUUUCAGUUAAUCGUCCAUUCAACCCUUAAACUACAAUUUCUAUAUUAAUUUUUUGUUUUUACUUAAAAUCGGUCUGCCAGACUCACACCUCUGCUACGACACUUUUUUCUUCUUCUAUUACACAUUUAAUUAAAUCGGCUUGUCGUUUUCAUAAGUUUCAUUUUAAUUUGCAUCAAAUUAAUUCAUCUCAUUGUGUAUUAUUUCUUUUUUUUAUCCCUUGAAAUUAAAAACUCAGUCACGCGCACUAUGUGAGAGACAUUCGUCGAUCUACAAACGCAAUUUGAUUUCAAAAAUGUAAAAAAAUCAUCACUCCCACAAAUGUCCAUUUUACACUAUUUAAAUACAAUAGAGCUUUUUCCUUAUCAUUUCUUAAAUAAGUUUUUUUUGUUUUUUUUUUUCGUUUUUAUUCAUUUUUUUAGUCAUUAUAAAACUGUUCCGUGAAGAAA